GGAAAUGGCCCUUUGCCAUAUCCGCCCACGCCGACGCGCUAUCCAGAAUGUCUUACCCCAAGAAGGUUCCUUACGUGCGUCUCGGAAACUCCGGACUGAAGGUCUCGAAGAUCAUCUUGGGAUGUUUGUCGUAUGGGUCUCCAGAAUAUCAGCCCUGGGUCCUCGGCGAAGAGGAGGGGAUCAAGCACAUCAAGGUCGCGUACGACCUGGGCAUCAAUACCUUCGACACCGCCAACGUUUACAGCAACGGCCUCUCGGAAGUCGUCCUUGGAAAGGCGAUCAAAGCGAACAGCAAGCCGAUGGAUGCCUUGAAGCUGUACUCCGAGGUGAAGCGCAACGUCAACGAGUACUUUACUCUAGACAUCGACCCGGAUACGACGGGAUACGUCAACCAGCACGGGUUGAGCCGCAAACACAUCUUCGACUCAGUCAAGCACAGCUUGGAGCGCCUUCAGUUGGACUACAUUGACGUGCUACAAUGCCACCGCUUCGACAAGGACACCCCAAUUGCGGAGACGAUGGAGGCGCUGCACGAUGUCGUGAAGGCCGGAUGGGUUCGCUACAUAGGCAUGUCGUCGUGCUGGGCAUACCAAUGUGCGUAUAGCUUCCUCAAAGGAAGCAUCAGCGCUGACGUAUCUCCCGCCCGUCCCAGUCAAUGCCAUGCAGACUCAGACUACGCGAUUCAGAACAAGCUCACGCCGUUUAUCUCGAUGCAGAACCACUACAGUCUCAUUUACCGCGAGGAAGAGCGCGAGAUGUUCCCCACGCUUCAGCAAUACGGUGUCGGUUCGAUCCCAUGGUCGCCUCUUGGCCGCGGCGUCCUCACUCGUCCCAUCAGCCAACGGACGAAGCGCGGCGAGACUGACGAGUUUAUCGGGUUUUAUAAGAACGCCAAAGAGAGCAUGGAGUCCAUCGUCAACCGCGUCGAGGAGCUUGCGAAGAAGAAGGGUUGCAGCAUGGCACAGUUGGCGCUCGCGUGGAUCAUGGCUCGACCGGGCGUGUCGGCUCCAAUUGUGGGCACGACGUCGCUCGAUAACUUGCGCGAUCUGGCUGCAGGUGCGGUAGACGUCAAGUUGUCGGCGGAAGAAAUGAAGUAUAUGGAGGAGCCUUACACUCCUCAAGCUAUCCUAGGUCAUUUCUGA